GGAGGAUGAGUAUAGCAGCAGUGUGAGCACUGUCCAGUACUUAGGUCAUCCGGAUAGUGGGGGAGUCAGAAGGCCAUAUGUAAGAUUGGCAGAGACCUAGUCAGGAUUUUUAACUAAGGGCACUUGUGUAAGUCUCACAUUCCAGAAAACAGGAACAAGAACGCUGGGAAGCUUUAAACAGCUUUCUCUGCAGGAAAACCUAAACAAACCACGCACAAAUACAGGCACUUUAAAAACACGAGGGUUAUAAUUUUCAGGUCCCAGCGAGCCUGGCUGGGGUUAGUACUUUACACGGGGCAGGAAAGAGAGGACCAGGCUGUCGGGCUGCACUCUCGCCAGGCCCGGCCAACAAGCGUCACCAAGCGCAAAGGUGCGUGGAAAGCAGGCUGACCGCGCACGCGCUCGGAGCAGCGGGGUGCUUGGACUCCAGGUGGCUCCGUAGCCGCGCCCUGGGGAGGGCGGAACGUGGCGUGCCGGCGCCGUGCCUCCCGCCGGACGCAGUUUGCAGACGCACUCGCGAGCUCCCAGCUGGCUGCUCAGUUUCGCCUCUGCCAACGAGGAGGCCGGGCGGAGGGAGAGAGAGAGACGCUGAGGUCUGGCGCUCCUCCUCCACGGCUCUCGGGCAGAGCCUCCCCUCCAGCAGGUCUACGCCAAGCUGCAGCACGAACUUCCGGCUUCUCUUCUAAGUGGACGAUUUGAGGCCGCAGCGGCCUUCGGAGCCGGCAGCCCCUUCCACCUCCCAGCAACAGCCCCGGGACCGGAGAGGACAGCCGCCCCCCGCAGGUUGUUCUCCUGGACGAGGCGGCCGCCUGCUUGCUGGCAAGAUGGGCAGCUCUCAAAAAAGGCACAAACAACUGAAGGAUGGGCACCAUUCCAUAUGUUAAAAGCAUGUUGAAAGAAAAAUAAGGAAGGCAGAAGCCUCAGUAUGAAUCAGUCUAGACCUAGGUUAGGUAAUGAUGGUGAAGAACCCUCAUCUCAAGACCGUAAUGAUCGUGAAAGUGGGAGAAGAUGGCAGCAAGAACGCCUCCUUAGAGAAGAAGCCUAUUAUCAGUUUAUUAAUGAACUCAGUGAUGAAGAUUAUCGGCUAAUGAGAGACCACAAUCUUUUAGGCACCCCUGGAGAAAUAACAUCACAAGAACUGCAGCAGCGGUUAGAUGGAGUGAAGGAGCAGCUAGCAUCUCAGCCUGACUUGAGAAAUGGGACAAAUAACAGAGACUCAGAAGUACCUAGAGAAAGUUCAAGUGAAGAUUCUUUGCUAGAAUGGCUGCACACCUUUCGUCUUACUGGCAACGCAACUCGAAGUGGACAAAAUGGGAACCAAACUUGGAGAGCUGUGAAAACUGGAACACUACCUAUUCUUCGCCUUGCUCACUUCUUUUUAUUAAACGAAAGUGACGAUGAUCAAAUACAUGGUUUAACCAAAGAGCAGAUUGACAAUCUUUCUACCCGGAACUAUGAGCAUAGCAGCAUUGACAAUGAACUAAGUAAAAUUUGUAGUGUUUGUAUCAGUGACUAUGUAACUGGAAACAAGCUCAGGCAGUUACCCUGCAUGCACGAAUUUCACAUUCACUGUAUUGACCGAUGGCUGUCAGAGAAUUGCACUUGUCCAGUCUGUCGGCAGCCUGUUUUAGAUUCCAGUAGAGCAAACAAUGAGUGAAAUAAAGGGAUCUAUUCAAAUAUUGUAUUUUAAUAGAUCUGAGUGUGUAAACAUUCUUUCAUUGAGUUGUAAUGAGCUAACCAGG